AUGAGGCUCGCCGCGCUGGCAGCAUUGCUGCUGUGCGUCUUCGUUUCGUCCGUGGCCGCCUGGUCCAAGGAAGACCACGAGAUCUUCCGCCUCCGCGACGAGGUCGUCGCCAGCGAGGGCCCCGAUGCCACCUUCUACUCCUUCAUCGGCGUCGCCCCUGCCGCGUCGCAGGACGAGAUCAACAAGGCGUAUCGCAAGAAGUCCCGCCAGAUCCAUCCCGACAAGGCCCGCCAGGCCUACCUCUCGACCUACGCGAAGCCCACCAAGAAAGACAAGAAGAAGGCCGGCGUGACGGUGCGCAAGCAGCCGUCGGCCAAGGAGCUGCGCCAAUUCGACAAGGAGGCGUCCGCACGCUUCGCCCGUCUCGGUGUCGUCGCCAACAUCCUGCGUGGCCCCGAGCGGGAGCGCUACGACCACUUCCUGAAGAAUGGCUUCCCUGCCUGGCGCGGGACCGGCUACUACUACUCGCGCUACCGUCCGGGCCUCGGCUCCGUCCUCGUGGGUCUUUUCGUCAUGAUGGGAGGCGCCGCUCACUACGGCGCCCUGUACCUCGGCUGGAAGCGCCAGCGCGACUUCGUCGACCGCUACAUCCGGCACGCGAGGCGUGCUGCCUGGGGCGACGAGCUGGGAAUCCAGGGCAUUCCCGGAGGUCUCGGUGGAGACAGUGGCACUUCCACGCCCGUCGAGCAGCCUGCGCCGCAGGAACAGCAGUACGUGGAUGAGAAUGGCCAGCCCGUCACGUUGAACCGCCGCCAGAAGCGCAUGCAGGAAAAGGAAGCCCGCAAGGAAGGGAAGGGCCCCAAGAACGCCAAAGCCGCCAAGAAGGCUCGUAAUUCUGGCGUCAGCACCCCCGUCGAGGCCGAGCUUACCAGUGGCGGGCCGCGAGGUCCGAAGAAGCGUGUCCAAGCCGAAAACGGUAAAAUUCUCAUCGUGGACAGUGCUGGCAAUGUCUUCCUGGAGGAAGAGACUGAGGAUGGCGAUGUUCACGAAUUUUUGCUCGACGUCGACGAGAUUCCGAAGCCCACUUUCCUCGACACCGCCGUUGUGCGUCUCCCCGUUUGGUUCUACAAGAAAUCUGUCGGCCGUCUCUUUGGGAAGUCUUCUUCAGAUGUUGCCGUAGACGCUGCCGCCGAGGACUUGGAGAUUGAAAUUGACGAGAAUGGUGCAUCGAAUGGUGACGCCGACGCAAAGGGGGCCAACGACGCUCUGAAGAGCGCUACGGCAAUCAAUGCCAAUGCGGAGACCAGGAAGAGGAAAGUCCGCAGGGCUAAAUAA